AACAAAGUAGCUGAUCUUGCAGCAACAAUUAACGAACAUAAACCUGAUGUUGUUUUGGGGAACGAAUCUUGGCUUACGCCAGAUAUUGCAAACUCGGAAAUAUUCCCGAACGAUUAUAAUGUCUUUAGAAAAGACAGACCCGAUGGUUAUGGGGGAGUCUUCCAGGCUACUAAAAAGGACUUGAUAGUCACCCAACGAUUAGAACUUGACACAGAUUGCGAAAUCGUUUGGACACAAUGCCAGUUGGCAGAUAAAAAAGCAAAAUCUAUUUUGUUGGGGUCGUUCUAUUGCCCAAAUGCACACGACAUAAAAAGUCUACAUGAACUCGACAAUUCUGUCUCAGCCCUAGGAGAUAAAUUACAUCAACACAACGUAGUAUUAGCUGGUAAUUUCAAUGCCCCCAACAUCUUAUGGGAAAACCAACAAAUCACAAGGAAUAUUUUUACCUCAGCGUUGCUGCUUGAAAUUGUCGACAAACACGACCUGUGUCAGCUUGUGAGAGAACCGACACGUAAACAGAUUCAAACACAAAAUAUUUUAGACCUCGUCUUAGCUAACAAUAGAAAUAAUAUUAGCGACAUUGAAGUAAUCCCUGGUAUAAGCGACCAUGAUAUUGUGCGUUUUUCAAUUAACUCACGCUGUAGAAGGAAACCAAACGUUAAACGGAAAGUAUAUAUUCGAAAGAAAGCGGACUCAGAUCGUAUUAGGAAAGAGUUGCAAGCGUUUACCGAAAACUUCGACAAAGCAUGUGAGGGAAAAUCCCUAAAUGAUAAAUGGGACGAGUUUGAAUUAACAAUGCGACAUAUAAUUGAUAAUUGUGUGCCGCACAAAACUACCAGUUCACGGCACAAUCUUCCAUGGUUCACGCGAUCCUUAAGACGACAAACUCGUGGAAAACAAAGGCUAUACAACAAAGCAAAGAAGUCAGGAAAUGAAUCCCACAGGGCAAUUUUAGAGAAUCCAAACGAAAAGUACAUUCAGACUUGAAAGCUGCUAGGGAAAAUUAUGUUAGUAAUUUUCUUGGAGAGUCCAUAAAAGAAAGCCCCAAGAGAUUUUGGUCAUACGUUAAGAAAUUAAAUAAAGAUGAUGUCAAUAUAUCGGACUUUGACAUUAAUGGAGAGUCCAUAAGUGAUAGAAAGCAUAAAUCAGAACUUUUAAGUGAACAUUUCUCGAGUGUUUUUACCCUUGAAAAUAUUAGUAAUAUGCCAAAAUACCCGAAAAUUCAAAUCCUAGUAUUAAUCCCCCAAUUAUUUCUGCCCGAGGGGUUGUUGCCCAACUAUCUGCGUUAAAACCCGAUAAAGCACCUGGACCAGAUGAAAUUCCCCCGUGGUUUAUGAAGGAAUAUGCAAACGAAACUGCCCCGACACUUACAAAGAUAUUUCAGGAGUCUAUAGACAUUGGCGUCGUACCAAAGAAAUGGAAAAAUGCAAAUGUCACGGACCAAUUUCGUUGACGUGUAUCUCUAGCAAGGUGCUCGAGCAUAUUGUGCAUAGCCAUAUCGUGAAAUAUUUCGACCGAUAUAACAUCUUAACUGAUUUACAGCAUGGUUUUAGGGCCAAAAGGUCGACUGUAACUCAAUUGAUUGGUACUAUCCACGAUAUUUCAAGUGCUAUUAACAAUGAUUCCACUGUACAUGUUGUCAUUCUGGACUUUGAAAAAGCAUUCGACAAAGUCCAACAUCAACGCCUGUUGAGAAAAUUACAAAGUUACGGAAUACAAGGGCCCCCGAAUAAUUGGCUUGAAUCAUUUCUCACGGAUCGUUAUCAGACAGUUGUUUGUGAAGGGGAAGCAGCCAAACCAACAUCGGUAACCUCAGGCGUCCCACAAGGAACUGUUUUGGGACCGUUAUUGUUCCUUUCGUACAUUAACGAUUUGCCAAAAGCACUGAAUUCUAGUGUUCGAUUGUUUGUGGACGACGCGCUUUUGUACGGCCUAAUCUCGGGAAGCUCAAACAGUGAUGAAUUGCAGGACGAUCUUAGCAAGUUGGACACCUGGCAAGAGAAAUGGCAAAUGAAGUUCAAUCCAGGGAAAUGUAAAGUAUUAUGCAUAUCAACAAAAAAGACCCUCCGCAUAGGAAAUAUUCUUUCUGUAACACAGAGUUGGAGCAAGUCGAGUCGGUCGCUUACCUGGGUAUCACCCUAAAUAACAAAAUGAAGGACACAGACAAGCACUCAAACACAGCAAGUAAAGCCAGUAAAUUACUUGGAAUGGCACGAAGAAAUUUUUGGAAUUGUCCAAAACACGUUAGGGAAACUGUUUACAAAACAAUG